CAGGAACGGAUUAUUAUUUUUAUUUGUUUCUUGAGAGGUGCCUCAUCCAGCGACCAUUUCUCAUCACUAUCAAUAUCACCCCUCUGAACUACAAUCGAGUUAUUUGACUUUUCAAGGAACCUUUCUGAUCGAUUGUCAAGCGCCAAAUCAUUAUAAAAUGCCAAGGAAGUAAGUAGUUUUUCGCCAUCGGCGAGCUUAUAGUGUGUGUCGACCGCUCUCUAUUCAGAGAGGGAAAAAACAUGUUUUUUGUCAAUCAUAUUACUGUCAUUCUAACGAGCCUCAAACACCGUUUUGUAUUCGACCAUAAUUUUUACACAAGGUUUGGGUUGAAGGUAGAUUUGAACCUAAAAGAAAAUCAUGAGGGCUACAUUGCACUGUCAAAAUGUCCUCCAAUCGUCGGUCAGUCGCAGCUUCAAAAAGCGGCACACCUCAGCUUGAACCCAUCAUCUGCGCCGUCAAAAAACACAGCAGCACUCGUAGCCAAGCGAAAACAAAAGGCUAUGGCAAUUGCGAUGAAACCUGGAUCGCAGGUUGCGAUGAAUGCCUUUAUGAUGUAUAUGUCGGGCUCCAAUCUGAACAUCUUUACGAUAAAUACAGUUAGCUCUGCCAUUUUGACACCAAUUACCAGUUUGUUCAUGAUUGAACGCACAUUUGGCCCAUUGGAUGUUGACGCUCAGAUGGCAAAAUCAAUAUAUGUUGCGAUCAACUUGGCGUGGCUGGGAAUAGGACUUUACAAAAUGAGUGCGAUGCGAUUGCUUCCGACGACAUCUGCCGAUUUUGCCGACGCGAUAGUUUGGAAAGACAUGAUGGAAACCUCCAGCAUUCCAUCAAUUAUAUCUUAGGUGUUGUGGUUUGAAAGUGACUGCUUUAAAAGGAUCAGCUAUUUAGUGACGGAGAGAUGUAAGGUUUACUAGGUCGUCGUUUGAUAGGAUAUUCGGGGUUGUUGUCACACAGUCAGAAGACGAUGUUUCGCUUGGAAAUUUCCCAAGAAAACGACUUGGAACUGAAAGCAAAGAUGGAUAGAAUAAGAAAAUUUUAGAUGAAUAAUGCAUCGAUACUCCU